AUGCGCGCACCACUACGCUCGCAUUCUGCGUUGCACAUCAAAAUGUUGUCGGAGUAUUUGUCGGCUUUCUUGUCCAUUGUUUUCUCUAUCCCAUCAUUAGUAAUAAUAUUUCUCGUGAUAGUCAUACGGAUUGCAGUAUCAACAGCCUGGUACAAGAAGUUUUUCGCCAAAAUGGAGUCCAAGAGCGUACAGCUGAUGAAAGGAAUCAUGGCGCCUCUGAAACAAAAGAUUUUUGUUGAACUUGGCCAGCAUUUGAAAGAAGUGGAAGGUGAUGUUUUGGAAAUCGGGAUCGGUGCGGGAGAGAACUUCGAUCUUUAUCCUGAAGCAACAUCCCUCAUAGCUGUUGAUUCAAACCCACACGUUGAGGAACUUCUCAUGGAAAACUUGAAGAAAGCAGGCGAGAGAGUUCACUUGAAGAAGUUUAUGCUAGCCUCAGCAGAGGAUAUGAGCUGUUCAUUAGGAAAACCGGGCGUGGAGGACAACUCCGUAGCUGCUGUUGUUUGUACGAUGGUACUGUGUUCUCUUACUGACGAGCAAACGAUGAAAACACUUGCAGAAGUGAAAAGAGUCUUGAUGCCUGUAAGUUCAAUAAUCGCUCUUGCGUCCCCACCCCGCCCCCUCCCCCAAGGGGAUCCCUCAACGAAGUUUGAUACGGGGAGGCUCUUGUCCUGUGGUCUAAACCCUUACCAUUUUAAUACAUCAUUUUGGACCGAAGAGGUACUCCUUCUUUAUAGAGUGUUUUCACUGUCACACAAUGAAAACAUAACUUUAACCCGUUAAUGUAUCGGUCAAAUCGAAGCUUCAACAUUCCCCACCCCCCGGGUAUCUGACUUUUUUGAAAAUUAUUGUUCAAAUUCCCCCCUACCCGGGCCAAAAUACCGUUCAAAUGCCCCACACUAGGGUCCAUUCAUGUGAUCAAAUGCCCCCACCCUAGGGACAUUUCACAGGCACAUAAAUGACAGAAGGACGGCAGAAAUACCUUCAGUUGUUGAACAAAAUCUUUAUUUACAAAUACAGCAAACAAUUCACAUUCACUGUAACAAAAACUGCGAAACACUGUUGGCGUAUUUACUAUGAACAAACAUCUUGUGCAAAGUGGCGGAAAUCGCUGCUACAAGGUCACUGAAUGCUCGGCUUUUAGUCGAAGCUUUUUAGUCUGAAGCUUCGAUUUGACCGAUACGUAACAAAAGAAGCCAAGAAGGUGAUUGGAGAAAUGUUACAGAAGACUCAUAAAUAUAUAACAGAUAUCUAAGUGAGUCUCAUAAUUCUCUAAGUCUCUUUUCCUUUGCACAUUUUUCAGCUUGCAUUGAUUUUGAUUAUAUUACCGUCAGAACGUUUUAAUAUAGGUAGAUAGGUAAGUAUUUUAUUUAUCCACAUUACACGGAUGAGUACAAGACUCGUUUAAAUGUGAACGUGCCGAAUUAAUAUAAAUUCAAUACAUAUCAAAUCGGAAAAAAAUAAAAUAAAAUAAAAUGAAAAUUAUACGAAGAUAUAAAAAUAAAAAAUAUACGAAAAUCAAUAAUACUAAGAGGAAAUCUAGCUAUAUAGAAUCCAAACUAUGUACAAAAGUUACAAUUACACUCCACUCCGAGAGUAGAGUUGGGCCUUAUGAGCAUUCAAAGUCACUGAAUUCAGGUCAAUUAAGUGCUUAAACUUUGCCACAAAAGGUCAGAUACAUAAACGUAUAAUUAAGUAUUUUUAUCUGUUGGAUAUAUCUUGAAAUGACUUUGAAACUGUUUAUUUUAUGUCUUUCAGGGUGGGAGAUUUUUUUUUCUAGAGCAUGUAGCAGGUUGGUACAUACAAUUUCACUAUGUUACUUCUAGAGCCUUUUCACUCACUCACAAAAAUGUUUUACAUUGAAAUAAGAGUGACUGCUUUACUUUGUGGAAUAUCCAUGAAAUUCAUUCUUCAUCGUUUGUUCCUCAUCAUUCUUCAACAACUUUGCCUUUACAUACAAAUACAUGACUUUUGUAGUUAUCAAAAUCUUCAUCAUGUUCAUCAUCGCCAUCAUCUAUCUCAUGUGCACCAUCACUAAACUCAACCCUUAAGCUGUCACUGAGUUUAAACAAGAGUUCUGCCAAAAUGUUUCAUACCGAAGGGUUUCACCUACAGACUCAGUUUAUGAAGUUAGAGCUAACUAAGCAUACAUGUACUCAAAUAAAUAGUACCAUGUGAAAGUUACUCCUGAAGAGGUUUCAUUUGAAUGAUACCAUACCCUUGCGAAAUCACUCUUGAAAUUCCUGGGAAUUCCCAGGUUAAAAGUUGUGGUUCCUAAUUCCUAGAAAUUCCCAGAAAUUCCAAGUUCAAAUGAGAGUGGAUGUGAAAUUUCUAGGCAUUCUAAAAGGCUGGUAAAAGCAAUUAUGAAGUGUAGAGGUUUAACGUCAGGUACACAAUAGACCUCUUUAGCUUGUAUGUUUUGUUUACCCAAUAGAGGUCCCAGGGGAAUUUGACCCUUUGUCAUGCAUAUGCACGUGCAUGCAUAUGCUAACAUAUGCACGUCAGUAUUUAAGAUGAAAUAUGAGUCCCCUAGAGUAUUAUCACAUGACCUGUAUUGGGAGAACAAAACGUACAAGCUAAAAAGGUCUAUUGCCAGAAAGUAUGUUUAAGCAAAUUUAAUGAUUAAUUUUCAACAAAGGAAAGCACGAAAAUUACAUUUAAAGCACCGUAUGAAAAUUAAUGUUCACUCCCAUCUUACUGUACUUGUAUAUGUGGAAAAAAAUAGAUGAUAAAAGAAAUAAAAUCGUUAUCAUUGAAUUUGUUCUUGGUUCACGGGUUAUGUGAACCACACUGUUGUCAUCACAUAUUUCAGAUAUUUCGGUGUUUCAUCGAAUAUUAUAUGGUACUUUAUUAUUUUAAAAAAGCUGCAGAGUCCUAGCUUUAUGGUUUUGUAAAAAGCCGCUCGUUUACUUCAGGUCUCAAACUGAAAAUAAAAUAAUGAACUGAAAACUAAAAUCCCAGGGGGGGGGGGGUACUCCCUUUAAUUAUAUGGCCUAUGCGGGGAUGUGCCACUAGACAGGGUAUGGUUUUCAUCCUCUCUGUCCUAAACAGGGUAUAUAAUUUCACACAAGUCUGUCUCAAACAGUGUGCAUGAUUUGUGCAAGUCUGUUCUAGUUACAAAAUUGAGGGAGUUGUCCGAAACAAAAAUUGAGGAUGUCUUCGUAAACAGGGUAUGUAUUUUAGGAAUUUUUUGUCCUAAACAGGGUCAGGGUUUCAAAGCCUCAGCAGCUCCGUCACCCAUACCCAAAUAUUGGUCGAGUACCCCCCCCCCGGACUAAAAUGCUUGUACUUGUAGUAGACGUGGCGUUUAAACAUACAUUUUCACAAUAUAGUCUGCCAGAAUCAGUAUUCAUGUGGGAUCCCAUCAACCAUUUGCAACAACGACCACAGUUAUGUCUGCAGUAAACAAUCAAAGUGGCUGUGAGCCACAAAACUUGGGAAAAAGUCGUUCUGUUGUUUUCUACGAACGUCUUAGGUCACGUUUCAUCUUUUACAUGUUACAGAUCAUGCCUGUUGAAUAAAAGGAGAUCUGUAUAAAAUCGAAUACAUACAUGUGAUUUAUAUCAGAAUCACUAAAAAUUUAGUAUUACUUAUGAAUGAUACUGUAAUGACAUUGUUCUUUAACAUGAAAACUUGGGUUGAUAAGUACGCUAAUGUGGAAAACUUCCCUGAAAAAUGAAACGGUAGAUCUAUCAUGCACGCAACCGAAAUUAGUGAUGAUGUCUUGACGAUAUGUCGUCAGUAACAAAUGCAUUGUUUCUUUGCCCCCAUAUAUGGAAAAUGGCUAUUACUUGUUUUAACCACCAAACAUUUAUCAUAAUCGGGGUCCGAGUAGGAGUUAUUUGUUUUUAGUUGUAUUUUUUCUCAAUUGAUUUAUUUCAAUAGGGAAACCUUGGACUCUCCAAUACUUUGUUCAGCAUCUUCUAACAAAGCUGCUGAUAUAUCCCACGCUCUUUAAUGGUUGUCGCUGUAACAAGGAAACGCUAGCCAGUAUAAAACAAGCCGGCUUCAAGACAGUGCAGGCCGAAAAGGGAUGGUUACAGUGGUCGUCAGAAGCAAUUUCUAAGCCUUUGAAUCCGUUUACUUUCUUGUUAGUGAGAAGCGCAUUCGCUGUUGUUAACUCAGGUAUUGCUGGUUUUGCAGAAAAGUGACUAUGUGUAUGGUCGAAACUCGUGCCCAAGUUUAGGAAGGUAAAAAAGUCAACGGACUAUAUAAUUAAUUAUGUAUGAUAUAUUCAGAAAGUGUUCUUUCCUUUGUCUUUAUAUUUAAAAAUGUAAAGAAGCAUGAACCUGAAAGAAGUUAAAUAAAGAAAUAUAAAGAAUAAUUUAUAUCGAGAAAAGCAAAUGGAAAAGAUAUAUUGUAUUUCUCUGUAUAGUAAGAAAAGAAAAUAAUUAAAAACUCUUUUGUCAAAGCAUUUUUCCGUAAAACUGUGAUCGGCGUCUGACUCAGCCUGGUAGAAAAUCAAAGUGGCCGUGAGCCACAAAAAUCGGAACAAAUUGAUUAUCUGUUUGUUGAUAUGGCCCAUGGAAGGUGUAAGAGUUAUAUUCAUGGCACUGUCUGUAAUUCGCCCAUUCUGUCACUAGUGAGGCAGCUACCAUCACUUUUCGAUAUCAUAUAUCUAAUCGCUUCAAGUUUUGCCUUCCAACGCGAUACCUCUAACUUACGUAGGCCAUUUUGUUUAAGUGGCUUUGUAUAGAUCUGGAAAUUUUCUUCCAACAGCACGCGCCCUCAUUGGUUACUUCAAGGUCACAUGACAUCUAACUAUCAAACUGUUUCCCGCCAAAAUCUCUGAACAAAUCUAUGACGUCAGAGAGUGAGACUGCGCUGUUACCCGCGAGUCUUGACCGACGUCCGUCGUCACAGCAUGGUUUAAUGAAUUUCCUGAGCUUCAAAUUUCUAGCUGUAUGACAAAACACUUAAAUACUGGUCCCUCGGGAAACAAUUACUUUUGUUUCCUGAGAAUCUCCAUGUUUCCCGUGGCGGAGCCCGCGGGAAAUAUUGACUGGAUUCGAGGGAAACAAAUCAACAGAUCAUAAUCGGAAAUCCUAUUAUGAUCUCUUGACAAAAUUAACUGUUUCCCUCGGGACCAGUCAUUUAUAAGUGUUUAAUAUUGUCAAGUAAUAGGCAUUUAGUUGAUAUCAUUACCGAAGGGUAAAAUUAAAAAGCUGUUGUACCAGUCCUAAUAAUAUUGAAAACCGUUGUAAGCUACCUUACACAUUUUCUACGGUAGAAAUUGGUCUUUGAGAAAUUAAGAGAGAUGGAAUGAUUUAUGACAGAAUAGAAUUUACUUCACUGAGGAAUCUUAAGCAAAGAAAAUUUUCGAUAGGAAAAAGAGACUUGUGGGGGUUGUAAAGCCUGCUGUUUGUGCAAUAGUUAGUUUUAGUAUUUGUCAUAUUUUUUAAUGUCACCGGGCAAUAUCUUAUUUUAAUGUUUAUGUUGUGGAUGUAAUAUUCAAAUAGGGUAUAUUUUUAAUAUAGUGUCUCCGAUUAGUGUGUAAACGCUAGAACGACUGCAGACACUUUAAUAACAUUACUGCUACUGUACUGCUACUACUUCAUUCUCAGCUGUUGACUCAUUGCAUUUCAGAAACCCCACAGGUAUAAAAUUCUUUCCACGCCUUUAUUUAGAAACUUCCAUACAUUCGGUUAUUACCGAACUUCUCAAGAGCACAUACCAUAACACUUUUUUUUGUGCGAAAGGGAAGAAAUAUCUUCUCCUUGCUAAACGAUGUUACAGUUGAAGUAAAAGUAAGUGAAGAUACCUUAUGUCCUGGAACAUAGCUCUUUCUGUGUUUUUUCCUCAAACACUUUACAGUCUCCAAAAGACAGACACCUUUGGCCGGACCGUUACCAAGUGUCCAUCUUCAUAUAGAGAUGUCCGUCCUCGGAGAAAAUCAAAUCAAGGGAGUAACGAAAGCACCAACUCUAGCUGUCCGUUUUACGGAAGAGUUCAUCUUGUAGUAGCGCUAUCCACCGGAUAAAUCACUAUCCAGCGGAUAAGCAUAGCGAAACCGAUUAAAAGCUAUCUGCUUUAUGGUGAUUUAUGCGGUGUAUAGCGCUAUCUGUGACGACAGGUUUUGCCCUUCCAAGCACAAAUCGGGGAAUUGAGCUUAAAGAGAACUCGAGUGACUUCGGCGUAAGAACAACAAGGAGGAAAACUAACUCGCAACUCGCUUGGCUAGCGGGAAAGGAACUCGUCACUAUUCCAAGGUACUAGGAUCUGCUGCAACUGGAAACAGGACAGGACUCAAACUUGGACUUCAACAGUUUAAUCUUCAGAAAUCAUACAAUCAAAUAAAUCCGCAAUGUAAAAUCGUACAAGCAUGUAACUCCGCAAUGUAAAUCGAAAAACAGGAAUAACAGUGCUCUAUUUAUACUAACCGAUCAACUUAUUAGAACAUCACAAAACAAAAGGGAAGAAGGCUGAAUAAAAUCAGCUGAACAGCGAAAACAAAUCUGGAUAAAUUCAGGUUUAAAGGUCAUAUGCCCAAACUAAAUAACUCAAAAUUAAAUGUCAGUCAAGCAAGUGAAUUUAGGAAAUUUACAAAGAAAGCUGUGUAAAAGAAUUAGAAUUUCCUUUGCUCAGGAUUCCCUAAAAUGUCAAAACUAAAAAGUAAGAACGGUUGGUAUUUAAACAGGCAAAAGGUCUAGUUCUUCAGUGACUAAUCUGUAUAUCUAUUCAGAAACAAAUUAUCCUUUUAAAAGUGAACAUUGAAGUAAAAUGUGUAUAUAAAUUUAAGGGAACUAAAACAACUCAAUGCAAAUUCAAUGUAAAUUACGGCUAACACAACUUCAAAGGGAAUAAAAGCUAGAUAUGAAAUUCGAAUCAAAUAAAGAAUACAUGGGAAAUCUCUCUUUACAUAUCCAACGUUUGAACAACCGGAGAAUGAAUUACAACUGCUAUUAAAAAGCUUCCUUAAUUGCAACAAUUGUUUUUUAACUAAAAGCUGGUAAUAUUCCUCAUUAUACUAACUUUGCACUUCGAGGAGAGAUUAAUCACUUUUUAUGCACUUUUUUAAUGGUUAAAAACCGGAAAAAAAGGAGGCCGACCGAGGCGAAAGUGACCUUACCAGUCAAACAAAAUGUGAUAUGAAAUCAACUAUCAUUCAAAAUUGAACGAAAGAAACCCACAACUACGCAUAAACGUGGUGUUUCUCAAAAUAAAUAAACUUUGGUUUUAGCUUAAAUUUUGAGAGCGUGGCGUUUCUAAAAAAAAAUUAUCACAAAGUUUCGAUUUAAAAAAAACAAACGUAUACCUUGACUUAAGUAAGAUUUAAUUUGGAGGCACUUUGAGUUUGUCAUAUAAAAUCACUUAAUUUCAAGUUCAAAGAAACAAAACAAAUUUCUUUAAUUUACUGGAUAUGAGAUGCGACAGUAACAGUCCGCCAUCUCCUAAUGGUAAAGUAAUUAAAGUACUUAUUUGGUCCUAAAGUAAUGCUAAGUACCUAAGUACUUAUUUGGUUUACUUAUCCCAAGUACUUAUUUGGUCCUAAAGCUAAAGUAAUUAUUUUGAAAUCACCGCCGUCAGUUUCUUCUUUCAAAAUUAUGUCACACUGAUUGGGGAUGUAGCGGUGUCGCUACAUUUCUGCUAAAUUAUAGAAGCUGACUUGUUUCUGCGACUAUCUUUACUGUUGUUGCUUCUCCUAGUCGAGAGCGGACCAUUCGAAUUAAUAACAUUAAUGGUAUUUCAGUCACAAGAGGACUCAAAACAAGGUCACGGCCAGAUGCAUCGAUUUGACAAUGAACUAACAAAGAUUUAUUAAAAUAUUAGCGGCUUAUGGCCUAAUCCAGAGACGUUUUUUUUCCUUUUGUGUUUCAAGCCUUGAAUAUUCAAGGGGUGCAAAGACUACUCGACUUGUCCUAAUGACUAACGAAACUGCGUUGAAGCCUGAUCUCUUUAACCUUACAAAAAGCAACCUUGUGGUACAGUACUGGAGCGAAGGCGUUCUCAGUAUUAAAUUUUACAAACCUCUGCCACAGCCUCGGGUCUACGUCGCACAUUGUCUGUGUUGCAGACGUAAUCCAACAGAUCCAGUCCCGGUUAGAAACGUCCGACUACACCACAAGUUUAGUUGCGUCUGUGGUGCACCGUAUCUCCAUCUGGCCCGCUCCACCAAGUUGCCAGUAUCUAAUCACAGAGGUAAGUCACCGCAAUAUAUGUUGACCGAUGCUCCUAACCGGAAACCCGACUGAAAUGGCCUAAACACGUCAUUCAGCUUCAAAUCUUCAAAUUGAACGGUAAGAGUAGCUACCGCCUUGCUAAAUAUGGACCAAAUCGAUCUGAACUGAUUUUUUCUCAAGCUUGUUUUUAAGCAUGGCUCAGUUUUUGAUACGGACCCCGGAAAAAAUGAGUCUUUGUAUACUUUGUGUAUUUUAAUUGUAACAGUCGCUGAAAUCUCUCGGGAAAAUUUUCUCCGAUCAAGAUGAGUUCACGUGAAUUUGCUCACGUGAGUCUCGAGGUCUUGGCAGAUACUCAAAAGAAAACGUUAAAUGCAUGGGGUAGGAAUGAUAAAUUCUUAAAAAUACAACCAAAGAUUGUUUGCACGUUUGGUUCACAUAAACCAGAAACUUGAUUUUUUAAAAUAUAAUUAUUACAAAAAUAUUAACAGACGAAAAAGAGUCACGUGAUCUGUUUUGCUUAAUUAUUCAUCAAGUGGAAAUCGGAGUCAACCAUUCCGGCCAGAUUCAUACGAUGAACAAUCAUUUUAAGAUGUCUGCCGUAUGGGCUGGCGUCUUUUCAUUCCAUUUCAAUUUUUUCUUCUUUCCCAGACUUGACCAUACCUGAUCACCUGAAACAAAACGGCUUUUUACGUAACAAGCAAAUUAAGGUUGUCAAUUUUUAAUCCUUGGACGGUUCGGGAGCACCGAACCCUGAGCGAGUAACUCUAGGCUAGGCCUAUUUUCACGGCGUUUUUACGGACCAUUUUGGAAUGUCCGCAAUGUCUAUGAGCACAUUCGAAGUAUAAGAUAUCAAAAAGGAAAAUUAAACGUUAUUAAAAGGACAAAAAUAUCAUUUUUAGGUCUGUAGGUUUUUCUAACUGGGUUGUGGAAUUUAAAAGAUAUUCAAAAUUCGCGCCAAAACCGUUUUAAAAAUAAAAUGUGUCAAAGCCUUCGGAUGGUCUUCGCUCAGGAGGCAUAAUAUUGUUAUGGCCUAUACUCAGCAAUGUAGGAAAAACAGAAAGUAUUCAAAUCGCGAUUGAUAGUGAAUAGUUUAUUAGAACUCUCCAGGGGCGGAUCCAGGAUUUUUGUUAGGAGGGGUGCACUCGUCUCUUGCUCUACUUCAACGCCAAUAAACCACAUAGUUUUUUUUUUUUUUUUGCAGAAUACCAGUUGUAUUAGAAAACCGCAGGUCAUCUCGGGGGGGGGGGGGGUGCGCACCCCCUACACCCUCCCCCCAGAUCCGCCCCUGCUCUCUUGCAGUAAAAAGAACUGAAUUAUCGAGUACAUUUUACAAUCUUAAGGGAACUAUUAUUUAGAGUAAGUAAUUUACAGUUAUAACAAUGAAAAUAACAAUUGAAUCACUUAAAAAAUUUAAAUGUAAAGAAGUCCUCCACUCUCUUUGUCCUACAGACCUGCAUGUUCCGGAAAAGAUAAUACUUUUGUGUUUUCUGCCUUAAGGUGUAGUUAGGCGCGUCCAGAAGUGGGCUGGGAAGUAGGUGGUGCAGAGGGUGGCUGGGGGACUUCAUUUUCGCCAUAUAUUUGUAGCACAAACCUAUCUAGUUUACCUAACUGUAAGGCAUGAGUAUAUGACUCUGCCUCGGAGUAGAUUAUGUUAAUCGCCCUAUUUUCGUCUAAGAGGGGCGAUUAUUCGAGUGGGCGAUUAAUCGAGGGGCGGCUGUUAUUGGAGGAAAUACGGUAUCCAUUCACGAUUUCUUGUCCACCAGACUUAUCCAGUGUCCUUUCCUCUUUUCAUCAGGCACUGUACUGUGUAAGUCAUCAUAAAACCUGCACCUGGCUAACCGUUAUUAACUCGCUAAUGAAUCGCUCAAGGGUAACUGAGGAUAGUUAUCUCAAUUUACCAGUUCCCUCUCAAGAAAUUGCAGUCUCUGUUGUUAUAUUGUUAGCAAUCGCUAUUACGGUGGGAACUGUUGGCAACUUUGGGGUUUGCGCAAUCCUUGCAAGAAGAAGAGACCUCCGAUACGUUCCACAUCAGUUACUCGCAAGCCUCUCCUUAAAUGGUCUUCUUUCUUCUCUAAUAUCAGCGCCCGCGAUCUUAGGAAUGGCGGCGGUGAACUAUUUUCCAGGGAUUGGUAACGUUCCGUUGGACAUAUUAUGCAAAAUCGGAUACUCUUCCUCCAUGGGUUUUACCGUAAUCAACGCUUCAACUUUGUCUAUGAUGGCCAUUGAUCGGCAGGAUUGUGUCAUAUUUCCCUUGAAGCGACGUUUGUCACCAACGAAUGUUAAAAGAGUGAUUUUCGUCACUUGGGUUGCAGGAUUUCUGUUUGCUCUUCUCCACGGUUUAAUACUACGCAAGGAGUCUUCUGUCUGCUCAAGAAUGGACCCUUACAAUUCCUUUGUCACCAUUCCUGACAACCAUAUCAUUGUACUUUACUCUGUAGUUUUACGUACAAUACCCAACGUCAUCACCGCAAUAGUAAUCGUCAUCACAAUUUUUCGGAUUUUAAAAAAGCUUCGCUCUCAUAUUUUCACGCGUUUAACCUCUGUAAAUCGACGACGCGAAUAUAAGAUAACCAAAAUGACAUUGCAAAUUUGUGCUAUUUUUCUCAUUUCUUGGUUUCCAAACAUAAUAACAACCUCUAUGGUCCGAGUGGGUGCAUUUCGUGGUGUGGCCGUGACCCAGCUCAUCAAGCUUUUUGCUGUGGUUAUAUCGAAGUUUAACUACGUUGCAAAUCCUUUACUUCAUUUUAAAAUGUUGCAAAUUACACCGCCCAAUCGUCAUUUCUUAACUCCCAACUUUCGGGUUGCCAAAAUAGCCACUGUAGAUGACGACAGUAUUAAAACAACUGCAAUGUAAAACUUUAAAUUGUUAACUUGAGUUCUCUUGAUGUGUUGGGACGUGAUUAGAACAGGGGACUGGAGGGCCACUAGAAUGUGAUUUUAUGUCUUGGAGCUUUAUCACAAGAGUUUAUGUACAUAUCUUCUGUUGAUUUCAUUUUUUCAAUAAAAUGCUGAGUAGAGAAAUGUUCAAAAAAGCGUGAGGCACGUGCCAAUCAAAACCUACUGCUUUUUGCCGUUCCCGUUGCCGUAGCCGUUAUAUUAGGGAGCUUAAGCACGCGCGUUUUUGAGACGCGGACGGCUACCGGAAGAGAAGAUUUCGCAUGCUAGGACCGUAUUGUCUCCCAGAUUUUUAUAUUACUCAUCUCUAAUGAAGAAAAGAUACUUAGCAAUGUGAAUAUGGUUGUGUGAGGACAAGUUAAAAGUGAAAGUAGGUGACUUCCGGUUACCGUCCGCGUCUCAAAAACGCGCGUGCUUAAGUUCUAAAGCGCCUUAGACGCGCAGUGCCAACGAAUGGUCCGUCCCCAAUUGACUAAGGGUGCGUUUCUUUACUAAAAUCCAAGAUCAGAUCAAAAGUCCGGAUCAUUAGGAUUUUUCGUUGAGAAAAGAAAUGAUGUAUCCAAAAAGGGGUUAUUUUUCAUUCAUUUCCAUAGAAACGGCCCACAAUAUCGACGGUAUCCCGGAGAAAGAACAACACGGCUGCUGAUGACAAGGUUGCAAGUUUGAUGAUCUUUCAUUGUAUUCUGGACGGUUAGCUUUAGGAUAGUUGAAAUAAGAUAUGUAAUUGAAAAGUAAAGUCUUGUAAUACGCGCCAGCGAAGUUGUGUAUAGUAGUUUUCUUCGUUGUAACUAGAACAAUGGGAUUAUGCAGGUCGAUUUUACCACCCCGAUAAAACGGGUAAAAUGGACUGCAAAAAUGGCCGUAAAGAUAAGAAGUCUUGUCAAAAAGCUGAUCUAUGUCAUGUAUUAAAAGUGUUAAGUUUAGAGUUACCGCUGGCUAUAUUCACUCUUUUCGGAUCCGUAGUAAAGAAACGCCUCGGGUCAUGUAUCCAAAGUAUCCGGUUUUCGAUGUGAUCCAAAGGAAUCCACCUCCGUUGUGGAUCAUUUGAUCAAUGAUCCGUUUUUUUAUUUUAGUAAAGAAAUGAAAUACCGUAAAAUUCCGAAAAUAAGCCCCGCCAUGAAUAAGCCCCUCCAAAUAUAAGACCUCCAAACCAGUAACGUAAAAGACCCUCCGUUAAAUCGCCCUUCCAAAUAUAAGCCCCCCGGGGGCUUGUACUUGGAAAAUUGCCCUGAAAUACAAAGGAAAACAAAGCAAAAACGGUAAAUUUACUUCCAACUAUACGGCUAGCCCAAUCGAUUUUGAGACGCAAAUUUCCCUCCGUAGAUAAGGCCCUCCGAAUAUUCGCCCCCCCCAAAAAUAAGCCCCUCAAAAAGGGCCUUUGAAAAAUAUAAGCCCCGGAGCUUAUUUUCGGAAUUUUAUGGUAUCCGUUUUCGGAUUAAAAAUUUUAGUAAAGAAACGCAACCUUUAAGUCCGCUUUCUGUACACGUCACGUGACAUUCCAAUAACCUCCUUCAGGGAUACCUCCCAAGGCGUUUCCUCUCUUCCCACUAAACCCUCCACUUCAAUAUGGCGCUCGAGUGUUUGUCAGUUUUCUCGUCCUUUGAUUUCUUUAUACCAUCAUUAGCAGUAAUCUUGCUUCUUAUAGUCAUACGGAUCGCUGUGUCUACAGAUUUCUACAAGAAGUUUUUUGCCAAACUGGAAUCCAACUUUUCACAAGCGACGAAAGGAAUCUUUGCGCCACUGAAACAGAAGAUUUUUGUUGAUCUCAGCAAUCGAUUGAAAGAACUGGAAGGCGAUGUUUUGGAAAUAGGUAUCGGUGCGGGAGAGAACUUCCAUCUUUAUCCUGAAGGAAUAUCUCUCAUAGCUGUUGAUUCAAAUCCACACGUUGAAAAACUUCUCACGGAAAACUUGAAGAAAGCAGGCGAGAGAGUUCACUUGAAGAAGUUUGUGGUAGCCUCAGCAGAGGACAUGAGCUGUUCAUCUGGGAAAGUUGGUGUGGAGGAUAACUCCAUUGCUGCUGUUGUUUGCACGCUGGUACUGUGUUCUCUUACUGACGAUCAAACGACGAAAACAAUUCGAGAAGUGAAAAGAGUCUUGGUGCCUGUAAGUAAAAUCCAUCGCCUCCCUUGGCGGCGGCGGGAGCGGGGGGGAGUACUUCCAUAUAUGGGCUAGAUAGGUAUGUGCCGCCCGAUACGGUAUGGUGUUUGAGGGUAUUGUUUUUGCCCUUGUUGGCAUUGUGUUCCCAGUGUGAUCCUUAGAUAGGGUACUCAAAUUGUAUCAGCAAAAAUACAAGUGCAUAUUAAAUGCCCCACAACACAGGAUACAAAUCAUCUUUUAGUUUAAUGAAUGUUUGUCUUGCCAUUUAAUUCUUAUCCUUUGUUAGCUGGGCUGUUUUUUUGGGUUUGGCCCUUGAAUAGGAUGCCAAUUUUCGUUUGUUCGUUGCUGAAAAUGUAUUUUAAAAAAAUAAGUUGUGCUUGCCCCUGAGCUGUCUGAGGUUGAUACAGAAUCUACUCGCAAUUUUUCUCCAUGGCGUGCAUGACUUAAAGAAAAUACUGAGUUCUGGCCAGGUGCUUAAACUUUGACAUGGUCAAAAUAUAUGAAGUCCUUGUAUCUUCCGUGAUAUUAAGAGUGCCUUGACUUCGAAUUUUUGGUGUGUUUCAGGGGGGAAGAUUUUACUUUCUUGAGCAUGUUGCAGGUUAGUUCACUCAACUUUGUUAUGACCUAUAAAGUCUGACCUCUAAUAAUAGGGAGUUGUAGCAAGACAAUGGUGACAGACACGAGAAUUUUAAUAAAAGUCUUCACACUUUUUGUCACAACUUUCAUUGCCAUCACUGCUUAAAGGAUGUAAAAUUAAAAAUGUUGUAACCUAGGUUUCUAAGAUACAUUUGAUUUUACAUUACACCCCUAAUGACAGCUAUUUACUUCUUUAUGCCUCGAUAGGCAUGAGGACCAUAAGAAUGAUUACUCUAAAAGGCCUGUCAUAGAACUUUUUUGUGUGUGUUAAUUGCAGCUUUGCAUAGUUUUUAAAGGGAGGUUUCAUUCCUGAGGACAUAACUUAAGAAUCAUGCAUCAGGCAUUAUCACUGACUUUCAUAAUUUCAAAACUCUACAGUGAAAAAUGUCAACAUGCCCCACCCCCACCUAUCACAGCCAUCAAGGGUCACUUAGAGUUAUUUCUUACUUAUAUAUGCUGGGCCAGGGAGAGUGUGGUGGAUAUUUCAGUGUGAAGCUCGCAUCUUAUGCAAUUAUAGUGUGUUACAACCCACAUUCCUGUACUUUCAAUAUCAUUGAUGAUCAGUGCUCAGUUCAUGGCUAACCCAAAAAUGUUGCUGUUUUGCUAUGGGUGAUCAACCCAUUGCCCUUUCAAAACAAGACAGAAAACCCAAGAGACUUUAACGCCAUUAAACAAAACAGCAAUAGUUAUAUUUUUAUGAAGUGUGGAGCUUUUGUAGGCCUCUCCUCACUAUGUAGGACAAACUUUUUGCUUAUUAUUACUUCAAUGACCACUCAAUCUCAACCAUAAUUAGUAAGAUACUAUCGUAAACAUUAUUUUGUGGCAGUUUCUUCAAAUCUUCCAUUCCUCCUUUAUGGUAUCAAAUUUCCCAUCCCAAUGACAAAGACUGUUGUGAAAUUCUCCCCCCACAGGACAUGAACAAGCCAGAUAGCUGUAGUUUGCCCUUCCACAAUGAAAACAAACUAAUCCCAAUCUUUUUAGGGGAGGGGGGGUUUGCUGUGGGGCAUGCUGAUUUCUCUUAAUGAUCAAACAGAGAAAUAUGUCCUUAUUAGUAAAAAUUAAUCAUUUAGUUGUUAUUUCAACAGGGAAACCAUGGACAUUGCGUUACUUCACUCAACACCUUUUAACAAGGCUACUUAUAUUUCCCACAUUUUUGAAUGGUUGUCGCUGUAACAAGGAGACCCUGACCAGAAUUAGAGAAGCCGGCUUCAAGACAGUGCAGGCAGAAAAGCAAUGGGUUAAGGGGUCAUCGGAAGCUUUUUUGGGGUCUUGGGAUACUGUUUUGCUUGCAAGAAGUUUAUUGGCUCUUAUAAACCCUGUGAUUGCUGGUUUUGCAGAAAAGUGA